UGAAUCAAUUGAUCGUUUGUUUUACGAAAAAGGCUUGAAUUUGUGCGUUUAUCAUAUGUACCAUCGGUGGUUAAGGAUUAUAGUCCAAAAGUACAGUUCGUGCGUUCACUGACCUCUUGCUCUGUCGAUGCUGCCUUAUCAGUUGUGAUGCAGUAAAAUCAACAAGAAGGCAAACUACCGCAAUGAAAUUUCUCUCGAUAUUUUGGCUGAUGGUGACAGCUAGUUCUCUUGCUUCUUCUGUUGGGGAAGACAUAAGAUGCUACUACUGCGAAAGUCGAGUCUCUUUUAAGGAGUGCGAUGAGAGCAUGAAACACGUUCAGUGUGAUGGAAAGUUUGGGUUUGAUAGAUGCACUAAGACAUACAUCAAGGCUUCCAAAUAUACACAAGAAACUUACCUGCGGGGUUGUCUUAGUGCAAGUGCAUGCGAGGCUCAUUCAUGCAAGGCUCGUGGCGAUGAUACCUGUGAAGUGUCUUGCUGUGCGGAAGAUUAUUGCAACAAAUCUACCACUCGGAUGGUCAGUGGUACUAUGGUAUUCAUACUUUCAGCCCUUGCUGUUCUAAUAGGGCAAAUGUUUUACUGAAGAAAACAUGUGACUUUUAUACAAUUGUGUCCUUUGUUGAGGGUUUAUAUUUGUUUCUUAGGAUAACUCUACGUAUAUGUUGCACAGCUGUGCGAAUCUGUGCGGUUACAUGAACACAGCGGUCAAACGUCGGGCAUGCGCAAGGGGAUCAAUUGUGACCGGCUGCACGCCAAUUUCCCGCGCAAAAUUUCAAAGGAAAACAUAA